AACUGAAAAUAUUUUAAUUUCUAUUUUAUAAAAGUAAAAUAAAUAUUGUUAAAAAUCGAAUGAGCAUGGAGUCCAGUUUUUUAGACUACGUAGCUCAAGCUUGCAUAGAUUUAACUGAAGCUUUGGGAUCUGGCAGUGAUGCUGAUCGUGAAUCUCUAAUAACAAAUCACAUAAAAAAAGUUUGGUCGGUAGUACCGACUAUAGAAGACUUUAAAAAAAAUUUAGAAUGGAUAAACGUGAGCGAACCUAUAUCCCUGGCUCAGCACUGCAAUGAAAAGAUUGUAAUAUUAGACUUCUGGACUUACUGCUGCAUCAACUGUUACCAUGUCCUCCCAGAUUUGGCGCACAUAGAGAAACUUUAUGGAGUUGAAAGUGGUCUUGUUGUGAUUGGAGUACAUUGUGCAAAAUUCAGUAACGAAAAGGCAUCAGAUAAUGUUCUGGCAGCUGUUCAACGGUAUCAUAUCCAUCACCCGGUGGUCAAUGAUGCUGAGAGUGUCAUGUGGGACUACCUUGGCAUCAAAUGUUGGCCCACUCUUGUCAUAUUAGGUCCAGGGAACAAACCAAUAUUUGUAUUAACUGGUGAGAGUCACAGACAAGAGCUAGAAUGGUAUGUCGGUGCUGCAAUACGUCAUUUUUCUUCUCGUGUCUCCAACUCUCCAUUGCCAGUUUCCAUAAACAAGCACAUUAAGUCCAAAAAGACUGAUCUUUUAUAUUUUCCAAGUAAGCUUGCAUUGAAUCCAUUUUAUCGAGGAAGAGCAGAGGAGCCUUUUAUGGCUAUAUCUGAUACGGGCCACCAUCGGGUUCUGCUUACUGACUGUUCUGGAGUGGUGCUGCGGAUUGUUGGAGGUCCAGACCCAGGCUUCAAAGAUGGAAAACUGUCAGAGGCCCAGUUCAACUCCCCGCAGGGUGUGUGCUGGCUGUCGAGCAACGUGCUGGUGGUGUGCGACACGGUGAACCACGCGGUGCGCGCCGUGCACCUCGACGACGGGACGGUCGAGGUGCUGGCCGGCACGGGGCAGCAGGCUGAAGUGGGAGACCUAGGUGGCAAGUGUCUCGGUCUGCAGGCCCUGUCUUCGCCGUGGGACAUCACUCUGUACACCACGCCCGACAUGGACAUGUCCGUGCGGCCGGUGCUGCCCGUGCCGCACCCGCCUGGCGCCCCGCCCCCUCCGCCCGCUGACAAGGACGACGGGAAUGAAAAAGACAAAAAAGAUGAAAAGCGACGUGUUCUUCUGAUCGCGUGCGCCGGCUCGCAUCAGAUUUGGGCGCUGUUUCUGGACAACACAAUUUGGUGGAAAUACAAAUCUUUCGUCGAAGGUACGUGCGUGUGCGUGGCGGGCUCGGGCGCGGAGGCGGCCCGCAACAGCGCGUACCCGCACACCGCCGCCUUCGCACAGCCCUCCGGACUCACGCUGAGGACCGGUACCCACUCGGAGCUGUUUAUAGCAGACUCCGAGAGCUCGUCGAUCAGGAAACUGCAGCUCACUACCGGACAAGUGUCGACCCUGUGCGGCGGCGACCGCAAUCCGCUGAAUCUGUUCGCGUUCGGCGACGUGGACGACAUCGGCGUGGAUGCGAAGCUGCAGCACCCCCUGGCCGUGGCGUACUCCGAGGUCGGCAAGACGCUGUUCAUCGCCGACUCCUACAACCACAAGAUCAAGCGGGUCGACCUCAGCACGCAGAAGGUCAGCACGCUCAACCCCACCAUGAUCGAGACCACCGAUCCCGCCCGGUUCAGCGAACCCUCCGGCCUCGGCGUCAGCCCCGACGGCCGGUACCUGUACAUCGCCGACACCAACAACCACUCCGUCAAGAUCCUCAACAUAGCGAAGAACGUGUGCCAGGAGUUCAAGGUGCGCCUCCCCGACCCCAAGUUCACGGAGCCCGCCAAUCUGAUCCUGUACAAGAACGACCUGUUCGUGAACAAGAACUGCGGGAACCUCAUCAUCUACUUCAACGUGAGCCUCGUGACGCAGGACACCGACGCCAAGCAGGUGAAGUUCACGGCGGGCGCGCCGCAGCACUGGCAGCUGUGCAUCCGAGACGACAGCAAUCGGGAGGUCACCACCGACGACUUCGAGUUCGUGGGCGGCGUCCACAAAGGCACCAAGCUGCCCGGCCGAGUCGAAAUGAAACUCAAAGCUAGAACGGAUAAGACUCAUUAUCGCCUGUACCUGAGCUUCCAGACGUCGCUGUGCGAGGCGUCGAUAUGCUUCGCGCACGCGUUUACGAUCCGGUCCACCAUCUUGGUGCGAGAAUCCGUCAAGAUGGUGGAGUCGUACAAGAUCACGUGCAAAGUCAAUCCUGUUAAUCGCUUCGAUAAAAAUGAUAAAUGAGUUGAAAGUAUGUAAUUUAAAUGUUACGUUUUAACUUUGAAUCAUUAGAUUUUAUCCAUGAAAUGUCGUCUUACCACAAGUUUUAAACUUUUGACUUGCAUUCUGAUUAAAAAUAAAAUAUCUGUUGUUGGAAAGGUUAAGAGUUGUGUAAAGAAUAAUGUUGAUGAAGUGUACAAUAUUAUAUUGACUAACCCUAAAAAAGUAUGCUGUAAACUGUAAGAUAAUAUGUUAAGUUGACAUUACCUGUUUAAGUUACUAACUCCAUGUUAUUUAUUAUUAUUAC